GUACUUAAAAAGUAAUUCAAAUUGUGUACAAUAUGAAAGUAGUAACCUUAUGUCUUUUAGUCUUGGCAACUGGCAGUUGUUUGCUCAGCACGAAUGCCAACUCUAUUGCCUCUAAUGAGAAGGAUCUUGUCGAUUCUCUUAACUUUGAUGAUUUGGAUUUAGAACUGGAUUUACUAACUGCUGAACUUGAUGGCGAUUAUAUGGAAAUUGAUGAAUUUGGAAUUUUCAGAGGUUUCCGCCGUAUUCUAAAGAAGGCAUUGAAAACUUUGCGUGGUGUUAAUUGCACGAUUAAAGCUGUUGUCGAGGUUUUGGAUGCAGCCACCAAAUAUGUUGAUGCCGUCGAUGCUUGCGGGGUGGAAGUCCCAAAAAGUGUAGCCAAAAUCGUACAAUCAUGCAAAAGCAUUAUCUCCACAUGCAAUGAUAUAAUUCAUCUGAAUUCAAAUGUCUGUGAUAAUGCCAACUAUGAUGAUGAAACUGAUGGUGAAAAAUCGACGACCAAAAAAUGUUUCAUUCAACUAGUGAAGACAAUUCUAAAACUACGCAGACAAAUUAAGUCUACACUGAAACAGAUUCAAAAAUUGCCCUCAGAUACGAAUAAGUGUUUUGUCGACGCCACUGACAAAGUUAAAGUCAGUUUCCAGGAAUUCCCAUCCAAUAUCAAAAACUGCACUGCAGCUAUAUAGAAACUUUUGGAUUUUUAACUGAUGGAUUUUACUGUCAAUAUGUUUUGAAUCGAUUUAAAAAAUUUUGCAAAUUUAGCUUUUUUGAAUGAGCUUCUAUACAGCUCCAUAAAUAUAUACU